AUGAAGGGGAAAAGAAAUGACAUGUAUUCAUUUAUUAUCCUCCUCUUUUAUAUCCAUCUUCCAGCACAAAUAAAAAGUAACAGUUGUCAUGGCAACAAAAGUAAAGAUGGAGACGCAUUGCCAAUGUAUUUUUCAAACGAUAUAAAUAUAAAAUUUUUAUUUGACUUUUUUCAAGUAACAAAUAGGUACGAGUUUUUUCUUUGCAAUGUGAUAUGCUUAUUGUUGGGUAUCAUAUCUGUAUAUAUUAAAGUUUUAAAAAAAAUAUAUUUCAAAAAAUGUCCAAAUGCAUUAGAGGAACAAUCAAUCAUGGUGAACAACACGUUUUCGCACAAAAAUGUGAAGUACGGGAUUUUAUCCCUUUUUAAUUACACAAUUGAUUUUGCACUAAUGCUUAUAGUUAUGACUUUUAAUGUGUACAUAUUUUUAAGUGUAAUUUUGGGGGUUUCUGUUGGGUAUUUUUUUUAUGGCCAUUUAUUGACACGAUAA